AGGACAUGCGCACUUCAGCCCUGACAUAGGCGGUAUUGCCUCGUAAAAGUUACAGCCAGAAUGGCAGCAGGCCGAGAAUCAAAACUCCAGCUGGUUCACAGACACAUCAGAGCUUUUCCAGACUUUCCGAAGAAAGGCAUCCUUUUUAGGGAUAUCUGUCCCAUCCUGAAGGACCCAGCCGCUCUCACAGCAGUGAUCGACCUGUUUGAAGAACAUGUAAGGAAGAAUCACCAGCACGUUGAACUGAUCAUAGGUUUAGAUGCUCGUGGUUUCCUGUUUGGUCCUUUGCUUGCUCAGCGACUGGGUGUUGGCUUUGUCCUGAUCAGAAAGAAAGGCAAACUGCCUGGGAGCACUGUGUCUGUGGCCUACGAUUUGGAGUAUGGCAAGGCAGAAGCCGAGAUCCAGGAAGAUGCAGUGGCUCCAGGACAGAAAGUUCUUCUCAUUGAUGACCUCCUGGCUACCGGAGGGACACUGUAUGCAGCCUGUGAGCUAAUGAAGAAGCAGCAGGCUGAGGUUCUGGGCUGCAUGGUGGUCAUCGAGCUCAAAGAGCUGAAAGGCAUCGACAAACUGAAGCCCCACAGUGUGUUCUCGCUGGUUCAGUACUGAGGACCACUGCACCUGCCACACGGGAAACCAGUCAAACACUGGUUUUAAAACCAGCCAGCUGCUUCCCGAGUGUCACCAGCCCCAAACGAGGACCCUGUUCAGCUCAAGCACACAUUUCAAUCACUUACUGUUUUGCAAUUUUAAUUGGCACUAAAAUAUUAAAUGUUUUUGUCACUCAUUUAUAAAUCUCUUAAGGCUCGGAAUCCUUACCCAGCAUGCUUUCAGCUUAUCACAGGGUGACCGCUUGGUUUCCACAAAUCCUUAAGGAGUCUAAAUGUCUAGAAUGUUCUGUUCCUUUCACCUAAUGCAUGCUGGCUUCCAGCAGUGGAAGAAGUGUAGAGAGCUUUUAGUUAAGUAAAAUUACUAAUACCACACUGUAAAAAUACGAUCCAAAAGGUUUUGUUAAUCAACUAAGGGUUUAAUGGUCUAAUCAUUUCAGCUGGACUUGUAGGCCUGUAUAUUGGUGGGUAGUCCAAUUUACAAUAAAACAUAUUUUAUAAACUUUUUUUUUUGUGCAAAAAUCUUAAUUUGUAAAGUAACUAGUAAGUAAAGCUGUCAGAUUAAUGUAGUGAAAUUAUAAAUCAGCUUCCAAAAUGAUUCCCUCCCUGUUCAGAGUAAGUGUGAGAUGUUUGUAUUGCCAAUGACAAACAUGCAGGUGUUAUUAAAUUAUAUGUGCGAAUUGCUGUUGACAACCCUUUCUACCACCGAUGUGUUGCCCUUUUGAUGUAUACCCUCCUGUUUUUACCUCUUAUGAGUUUCUCCUAAUGUCAGCAAUUGAUUUUUUAUUCUAUACCAUCAAGUGUAUUAAAACCAGUUCUGUUUUACUGCAUUGAAAACUACAAUCUGUGCAAAACCACUCUGAUAAUCAUCAGUUGAUAUGACAAAAACAUGCAUGACAUUUAAGUAUUUCUGACAGUCAUAAACAUAUGCUGAAUCUAUUGAUAUAUAACAGAGAUGUUUGAUUCUAUUAACACGCCCUGAUUUAACUGUCUAUAUGGUCCCGAGCGACAGAAUAUCUACAAGGAUAUUGGUCUGCUAGUGCAGCAUUAACCUUCAUUGUAGGCAAGGCUGUGCAUUUUCUAUUUAUGUUAUGCAUUUCUGAAAUGUAGUGAAGUAGAAAGUGGCAUGAAAACAAAGUACAAGUACUUGAGUAAAUGUACUUAGUUACACUCCACCACUGCUGGGAUCAGUCCCUGCAUGCCCAUGUUCCUGAACAGGAGGAAGCAGCUACAGCGGAUGAAUGGAUAAACAAGUUUGUCUUUCAUCUGUAUAUUAUAUAGCUUACUCAUGUAAGGUAAUGUAUCGGUUGAUUUAAUGAAAAUAGGAUAGUGUUUGUUUCUUGAGGGUUUAAGCCAUUCUAUCAUGUGAUGCUGCAGCUAAUUAGCAUCUAACCUUAACCAAGCAGGUUAUGCUAGCUACUAAACUGUUUCUUGUAGUUGUUUAAGCAUUAUUUCAUGUGUUGCACUUGGGUUUUUAAGUCUUAACAUAUGUACCCUGAGUGUGUAUUUGAUGGAUAUAAAACCUAUCCAAACAUGGCCUUGGCCUUCAACUAUCUUUGAAACAACUUUUUUUCCCACCACCUGUAACACACUUCAAUAUAUUAAAAAGCCAAAUUAAAG